GCGCUGAUCCUGAGGGAGCGUCCUGGCGGUGAAAGGGCCGCCCAGGAAGAGGCGGAGGUUCCGCAGCCUCGGUUUCCGGGUCCGGCUUCCCCCGCCUGCGGGCUCCGCAGCCCGGGUCCAGUCUGGGAAUUCCCGUUGUAGCGGGAACGGAGCGUGAGUCGGGGGAUAGGGCGGAGCAGGGGGUCGCCGUGCUGCUUGAGGCUCACCAUGCUGGUAAAAGCCACCCUCAGCCCUGUGCUCCGCGCGCCCGCUUUCUACUCCAGGUUACCCAGGACAGGCCGCUGGCCGAUGAAAUGUCUCCCGGUUUCCGGAUGGAUGCGCGGGUUUUGCCGGCACUGGAGCAGCCUGCCGUUCCCCGGCCGAGCCCCGGACAAGCCGUUCGCCCACCGAACUGACCUGAGGCAGGCCCGACGCAUCGUGGUGAAGCUGGGCAGUGCUGUGGUUACCCGCGGCGACGAGUGCGGCCUGGCCCUUGGCCGCUUGGCCUCCAUCGUGGAGCAGGUGUCGGUGCUGCAGAACCAGGGCCGGGAGAUGCUGAUCGUCACCAGUGGGGCGGUGGCCUUUGGAAAGCAGCGUCUGCGCCACGAGAUCCUGCUGUCCCAGAGCGUGCGGCAGGCCCUGCACUCUGGUCAGAACCAGCUGAAGGACAUGACGGUACCCGUGCUGGAAGCGCGCGCCUGUGCGGCAGCGGGUCAGAGCGGGCUGAUGGCUCUGUACGAAGCAAUGUUUACGCAGUACAGCAUCUGUGCUGCACAGAUCCUGGUGACAGAGCUGGAUUUUCAGGAUGAGCAGAAGCGUCGGAACCUGAACAGCACCCUGCACGAGCUGCUCCGAAUGAACAUCGUCCCCAUUGUCAACACCAAUGACGCCGUCGUACCCCCACCGGAGCCCAACAGUGACCUGCAGGGGCAAAUGAUCAGUAUCAAGGAUAACGACAGCCUGGCGGCCCGUCUCGCCGUGGAGAUGAGGGCUGAACUGCUCAUCGUUCUAUCCGACGUUGAGGGCCUUUACGACUGUCCACCGGGGCUGGACGACGCGAAGCUGAUCGACACUUUCUACCCAGGAGACCAGCAGACUGUCACCUUCGGGACCAAGUCCAGAGUGGGGCUCGGAGGCAUGGAGGCCAAGGUGAAGGCCGCCCUCUGGGCCCUCCAGGGAGGCACCUCGGUGGUGAUCGCCAGCGGGACCCACCCAAAGGUGACUGGUCACGUGAUCACGGACAUUGUCGAGGGGAAAAAAGUCGGAACUUUCUUCUCCGAGGUUAAGCCUGCAGGUCCAACGGUGGAGCAGCAAGCGGAGAUGGCCCGAGCUGAUGGCCGGCUCUUAGCCUCCUUACAGCCCCAACAGAGAGCCGACAUCAUCCACCGACUGGCCGACCUGCUGACGGACCAUCGCGAGGAAAUCCUGAGCGCAAACCGGAGAGACACCGAGGCGGCCGUGGCUGCAGGCUGCCUUUCUCAGCCCCUGUUGAAGCGACUCUCCCUCACCACGGCCAAGUUGACCAGCCUGGCCAUCGGGCUGCGGCAGAUCGCGGGCUCGGCGCAGGACAGCGUGGGCCGGGUCCUCCGCAGGACGCGGGUGGCCAACGGGCUGGAGCUGGAGCAGGUCACUGUGCCCAUUGGAGUCCUCCUGGUCAUCUUCGAGUCCCGGCCGGACUGUCUGCCCCAGGUGUCGGCCCUGGCCAUCGCAAGUGGCAACGGCCUCCUCCUGAAGGGAGGUAAAGAGGCGGCGCACAGCAAUCAGAUCCUGCACCGGCUGACCCAGGAGGCCCUGUCUGCUCACGGGGUACGGGACGCCAUCCAGCUGGUCAGCACACGGGAGGAGGUAGAGGAUCUCUGUCGCCUGGACAAGCUCAUCGACUUGAUCAUCCCUCGCGGCUCCUCGCAGUUGGUGCGUGACAUCCAGAAAGCGUCGAAAGGAAUCCCGGUGCUGGGCCACAGCGAGGGAAUCUGCCACGUCUACCUGGAUUCCGACGCCAAUUUAGAGAAGGCCAUCAAGAUCGUCCGCGAUUCCAAGUGUGACUACCCUGCGGCCUGUAAUGCCCUAGAGACCCUGCUGGUUCACAGGGACCACCUGAGGACCCCCUUCUUUGACCAGGUCAUCGACAUGCUGAGGAUGGAGGAGGUGAAGAUCCACGCUGGGCCCAGGUUUGCUUCCUACCUGACCUUCAGCCCAUCUGAGGUGAAGUCCCUGCGGACAGAGUAUGGAGACCUGGAAUGCUGCAUUGAGGUGGUGGACAGUGUGCAGGAGGCCAUUGUUCACAUCCACAAGUACGGCAGCUCCCACACCGAUGUCAUCGUCACCGAGAACGAGGAGACAGCCGAACACUUCAUGCAGCACGUGGACAGUGCCUGUGUGUUCUGGAACGCCAGCAGCCGGUUCUCAGACGGUUACCGCUUCGGAUUGGGUGCGGAGGUGGGGAUCAGCACGGCGCGCAUACACGCCCGCGGCCCGGUGGGGCUCGAGGGUUUGCUCACCACAAAGUGGCUGCUGCGUGGAGAGGGGCAAGGCGUGUCUGACUUCGCAGAGCAAGGAACCAUGAGCUACAUCCAUGAGAACCUUCCUGUGCCCCACCGAUUGUAGGGACAGGAUGGAGUGACAGCCGGCCCGCACCCCACCGCACAUCGACUCCCAACAAACAUACGGCUCCCCACCAACACCUCUCUCACCACCAGCUCCCUGCGGCCAAACAACAUCCCACCAUUAAAUGUUAAGCAGUGAUGGCUGCCAGAGCACAUCAGUUCAGGCAGUGGAGAAAGGAGCAGCUGAUGGGGAGGGGAGUUUCCAAUUGGAAAGAAAGAGUAGGCUAGCGGAGUUACGUGAGAAUGGUACUGAGAGCAAACAACAAGUUGUUGGAGGAACUCAGCAGGUCAGGCAGCAUCUGUAGAGGUGGUGGGAUGAUUGUUGUUUUGGGUCAAGACCCUGCCUUACGACAGAUGCUGCUUUACCCAGUUUCUCCAGCAACUUUUUUGAUGGAGUGUGGAGUUAUUUGGUUGUGUUGGACAGUGGGAGUUAUUUAUUUUUAAUUUAGAGAUACAGCCAAGUAACAGGCCCUUCUGGCCCAAUUACACUCCUAUGAUCAAUUGACCCAUGUCUUUUGAAUAAGAACUGGACACAUCCUGGGUCUAGCACUCGUGAGACUCUGCAUAGCCCACAGAGGGAUGAACCUCCUCUAGUGGAAGCUGUGUGCAAGCGCAGUGUGGUUCAUAGGAAGCAUCGUCCAGUACCUCACCCCUCACAGACUCCACCCUCAGGAUCCCUGGACUUAGGUGCGAUGGCUGCAAUUUGAGCCUUCUGUCACUUUGCAGAAUCUCUGUCUCAUACAAUGUGAAGUUUAUUUUGUGGCAGUAGUACAGUACAAAGACAUAAAAUUACUAUAAAUUACCAAAAUAAGGAGCAAAACAAAAUGGAAUUGCAUCUCUGCUGGAUUUGGGCAAGAUAAGUUUUAGGAUGUAUGCAGUAUACAGUACUGUGCACAAGUCUUAGGCAUGGUAGAUUAUUUAGAUGGUAUGGCCUCAACAGAGCCCUGAUCUCAACCUCCUCAAGGCUGUCCGGAAUUACUUUUUUUUAACUGUUUACUGCUCUUUACAGUAAAUUUUUGAAAUUUAGAAACUCUGUUGUAGUGUUUUUGAAAGCUUCGCUUUGCAGAAUGUUUUUAUAUGCCUAAGACUUUUGAAAAGUACUGUAGAUACUUUGACAAUAAAUCUACUUUGAACUUUGAACAAAGGCACAUCCAGACGCGUGUCUCCUCCAACAUAGCUUCCAGAGCGCUCACCGGCCUUCCCAGAGAACAUGCACAGCCCGCAGGUCACUCACUGACUCCGGCAGGGCAAUAUGCUGGGACUUUUUAAAAAAAAAACUCCAACUUGGUUACAAUAAGAACAAAUAGUUUU